ACCAAGGACGAAGAUGAUAUCCCACAAGAGCAGUAGAUCGGAUUGGAACUGGCUGGAUCGUUGGAUGGCAAACAAGCCAUGGGAAAGUCGGUUAAUGGAAGAAUCAAACAGUCCUUUAAAAACAUCUACACCAGUUUCAAAUAAGCAUGUAGAUUAUGUGAUGGGUUCUCGUUCAAGCUCCUCUGGGUAUGAUUUAACUAGACGCCGGAAUUAUGGGUCUUCAUCGCCGGCAAGAAUAUCUUCCCCACUUCCAAUUUCGUCUGGCCAAUUUUCUCGUUCAUCUGAGUAUGUGAAUGAAGAUAGCACUUGUUCAACGACUUCAUCAAGCAACAAUAAUCAUCGAGAUGAAAAUGGGGAGAACAUUAACAGGCCUAAUUAUAUGAAUCCAACACAUUCAAUUAUGGCGAAACAGAGAGGUUGCAGUUCUCCUUCUAUACAGAAGCAGCAGCAGAGGAGGCGAGGAACAACAACAGAGAACAACGUUAAUCAAAUGUACAGGAAAGUAAGGGUUCCACUUUCAAAUGUGGAUUCAAGGAGCAAUGCUGGAUCUUCCUCUGAUCUUUAUUCGAUGAACAUGAAUUCAAUUGAUCUUUACCCGCCUAUCCAUUUAGAUCGGUAUUCAACCCCAAGAGGACGUAAGAAGAUGAAUGGAUUGUAGAUUUGACAGUUUGACAUCCAUGAAUUCAACUGCUUGUUGUUUGUUCAUGGUUGUUGGUAUGAAGAUGAUGAUAUAGAUAAUAGAGAGGAUAUGCCAAAAAUACUAAGAAUGAAAAUUAUAGGAUUGAUUAAUUAUGUGUGUAAUGUUUGUUUGUUACCUAAGUCUGUUUAUGUGUUUCAUUAUACAUAAGCUACUGUUUAUUUUCCUUUUCUUGUAAUACAAUGAAAACUGAUAUUUUAUCUUUUGCUU